AUGGAGGAUUUGAUUGUGCGUUCACAAAAAUACAUCCGCAUAGAGGAGUCGAACGCGAUGGAUCCUUCAUUCAACAACAAAAGGAAGGGUCGGGAAGAAGAGAAAGAGUCGAAGAAGAAGGAGGAACGCAAACACGUACCUCCAGCUGGUUUCGCCCGCUAUACCCCUUUGAAUGCUCCCAGAGGGGAGAUAUUAGUUGUAACUGAGCGGCAGGGACUGAUCAAUCAAUGGCCGAAAAAAAUGAAGGACAAUCCUAAGAGGCUCAAAUCCGAUAAAUACUGUCGUUACCAUCGAGACAGAGGGCACACAACGGAUGAGUGCCACCAUUUGAAAAAUGAGAUCGAAAAGUUGAUUCAAAGAGGAUAUUUAAAAGAAUAUGUCAAUCGGGGAUCGAAGCACCAACCUCGGGACUCAACCUCCAAACAAGCUGGGAACGACGACAACCUCCCCACGGCAGGGGUCAUCGUCGUGAUUUCAGGUGGCCCCGUUGGGGGCGACUCAACUAAUGCUAGAAGGGCCCUCACUCGAGCAGCUAGGGGGAGUCACGCGCAAACCCCCAUCCAAGUUCACACCAUUAGAUCGCUGCAAGAGAAUGAGAUUUCAUUCGGCCAACAAGACUUAGACCCAACAAGGAAUCAAAACAAUGACUCCUUGGUCAUCUCCGCCACAAUAUCUAACUUCUGGGCCAAAAAAAUCUUGGUGGAUAGUGGAAGUUCGGCAGAUAUUAUAUUCUAUGAUGCAUAUGUCCAGUUAGGGAUUGAUAACGCACAACUUCGGAAGGUGAACACCCCUCUCAUGGGUUUUAGCGGUGACAUGAUCCAACCAAUGGGGGAGGUGAUGCUGCCAUUAUCCCUCGGUUCUCAUCCAAAAAGAUCCAUGAAAUUAGUGAAGUUUCUCGUGGUGAAAGCCCCAUCUGCUUACAACGUCAUCUUGGGGAGACCAAGCCUGAACCUCUUCCGACGAUAA